UUAGAGUUUCUUUUCCAACUUUUGACACAACACAUAUUCACUAAUAAUGCAACAGUUUCGUAUAAAGUAGCAUCUUAAGUGCCUUGAAACUGGCGUUGAUGCAUGAAUAUUAUCACGAUGUAAGAAAGUUUCUUUGAAGUAGAUUUAGUUUGCAGGUUUUGCUUUUCUGUAAAAAGAAAACGUCACAAAUGAUGAGUCCGCGCAGUGAAUUCAGCUGGACUGUGGUGGUGCUCACUUGCCAACACAAAGACAGCGUUUACUCCUUUCAAAAAGAGCUUGAGUUGCGGCAGGAGCGUGGGUCCUUGUCUCCUGGAGCUUUGGUUUUGACAGUUCGAGAUCGUCAAGAGCCUUUGGGUAGCGGAGGAGCCACUCUCAACGCUCUGCUGGUGGCAGCUGAACAUCUGAGUAACAGGGCUGGACACACGGUGGUGACAGCUGACGUCCUAGAUGACGCUCACAUUCUCAUCCUCCACACGGGCAGAGACUUCCCCUGGAGCUCCUGUUGUAGAGCGUUCUGUUGGAUCCCACUUGAGGAUCCAGACCUGAAAGUUCAGGCUCCAGUCUGCUGCCUGGACCUGCUCCUGGACUAUCUCACCAAUCAGAUCUGCCCCGGUUCUCCUCCUGGUGUGUGGGUCUGUAGCACAGAUAUGAUGCUCACACUUCCUCCAGAUUUUUCUCUGUCCUGGGAGGGUUUCUCUGGUGUGCGAGUUUUGGCGUUGCCUGGAAACAUGUCGUAUGCUGCUAAUCAUGGGGUCUAUCUGGUUGAUGAACAGGGUAAUGUUAGAGACAUAGUUUACAAAGGAGCGACAGAGCAGAUUCAACAAGCUGUGAUGUCUGAUGGAAAUGUGCCUAUGGUUUCUGGUCCAGUGUUCUUCAGUCGGGGGGUUUCGGAGAAGUUGCUGCAGACCCACGUGACUCCUCCUCUGGAUGGAUGCACCUACCUCGGCCUGGACUCUGGAGCUCCACCACUACAGAUCUCUCUCUUCUUAGACAUCUUGAAGUGUCUGUGUUCAGAUCAGACCCAGCAUCAGUUUGUGAAUGAGGAAAGGAUCGGCUGCAGCUCUGUGUCUGGACAGCAGGGGGCGCUGGUAAGGAGUGGGCGCACAGAGCUGUGGAAGAUACUGAGAGGGACUCCACUCACUUUAGUUUAUGUUCCUGGUGGACAGUAUGACUACCUGACUCUCUCUGGGAAAGAUCAUAUGCAGAGGCUGAGCUCCAACUCAACCAACAGGAACACUCUGUCUCACAUACAGAAAGAGGGUCUCAUCAGUGAAGGGGCUUGUGUGAUCAACAGUGUUUUGGAGGGAGAUAUUUCUGUGGGCUCUGGAGCUGUCAUUCAACACUGCCAUCUACAGGGUCCUGUGAACAUCCCGACUGGCUGUUUACUGUCUGGACUGGAGUUGUCCACGUCAUCCACUAUCAGACAUUUGGCGCUUACGUGUGACAUCAUCAUCCAGGGACAUCGAAUCGUGCUGGGAGAGCUCAAGCUGAAUGUUUAUACUGUAUUUGGCAUAAAUGAUAAUUUAGAGGUUUCUGUUGAAGCCAGCAGUGCCUUAUUCCUAAACCAAAACUGGAAUGUCUUCUUCAACCGAACAGGAAUACAGCCGGAGGAGCUGUGGUGUCAUGGUGAACAGCGCUGUUUGCUCGGAGCUCGUCUGUUCCCGGUUCUCCGCCCCAGGGCAGGUGUGCUGGGCCUGGAGGGGGGCGUGGCUUGGUUGCUCGGGGGUGGGGCCAAUGGACUUCAGAGCUGGAGAGACGCCUGGAGACUCUCACUGAAGGAAGUGAUGUCAUUGACCCAUCAGGAGGCGGAGCUUCACUGGAGAGAAGAGCUUCUGUACCUGUCGGGGCGGAGGAGAGUGAGGGAUGCUCUGAUUGGUCGGAGUGAUGUGUGUUUGCUGCCCUGUUUUAGAGCUGCUGUAAUGGGAGGACAGCAGGGGGCGCUGUUGGAGACGCUAGACAACAUUGCUUGUGGCAGUGGUGCAGAGGUGAGUCUGGAGUGCCCUGGUUCAGAGCUGGGGGUGUCUGCGAGGUGCUUGUCCUGUAUCGCUGAUGUGCUGGUGGUUAUGGCCGGAGGAAAGGGGGGUCUGAGGAGCGGUCCGGCUGCAAACGAGGCCUGGGGGUCUGCAUACAUCCUACUUGAGGAGGGAGACCUAAGCGGAGGAGUGCGAGCUUUGGCUCAACAGAGAGAGAAGUGGCUUUGCAGGCCAGAUCUGUUGGUGCGGGCCGCUCGUCAUUACGAAGGGGCGGGACAGGUGUUGCUUCGUCAGGCUGUGAUGUCAUCGCGGAGGUUCAUAUCUAUUGGACGAGGAAUGCUCCCGCCCCUGGAGGAGUGGCAGGAGGUGCAUUGUCCAGCCAGACUCGAUUUGGCCGGAGGUUGGAGUGACACACCCCCUAUUGCAUUUGAACACGGCGGCUCUGUGACCAAUGUUGCUGUGAAAGUGGAUGGUCAGUAUCCCAUUGGUGCUCGAGCUCGCCGCAUCAAAGAACCUCAUCUCCUAUUGGUCAGUCACUCCGGGGGGCGGGACAGCGCCGUUUCCACAGAGACGCUGUGUGAAAGUCUGAAAGAUCUGAAGGAUUACUGCCAACCACAUGCACCAGGUGCUUUGCUGAAGGCUGUAUGUGUUUGCAGUGGAGUGGUGUCUCUGUCCUCCCAUGAUGCUUUGGGGCCACAGUUGUUGCAGCUUUGGGGAGGAGGCAUUGAGCUGCACAGUUGGUCCUCUCUGCCCACUGGCUCUGGACUCGGAACCAGCAGUAUCCUGGCAGGGGCGCUGCUGGCAGCAGUUUACAGGUGCACCGGUCGGACCUAUGACACGGACUCUCUGAUCCACAAUGUUCUGUACCUGGAGCAAAUCCUCACCACAGGUGGAGGUUGGCAGGACCAGGUUGGGGGUUUGGUGGGUGGGGUUAAAUUGGGACAGUCCCAAGCACAGCUCCCCCUUCAUGUCAGAGUGCAGAGGCUGAAUCUGUCACAUGACUUCCUGGUUUCUCUGGAACAGCAUCUCCUAUUGGUCUACACUGGAAAGACACGGCUCGCUCGUAACUUACUGCAGGACGUGGUGCGGAGUUGGUACAGCCGUCUUCCUCACAUGGUCCAGAAUGCACAGCAGUUAGUGGCCAAUGCAGAAGAAUGUGCCAAGGCUUGUUUAGCGGGCUCCCUCUCUGGUCUGGGUGCGUGCUUGGGCCGGUCGUGGCAGCAGAAGAAGGUAAUGGCUCCGGGCUGUGAACCGGCCUCUGUGCGUCUGAUGAUGGAGGCUCUAAGGCCCCUAGUGCUAGGACAGAGUCUAGCUGGAGCAGGAGGAGGGGGCUUCCUGUACAUUCUGACCAAACUGCCCCAACAAAGAGAAGAGGUCAUAAAUGCACUCAACAGUACAUCGGGCCUGGGAGAUUUCAGCGUUCACUCUGUGGAACUGGACAUGGAGGGGAUCACAGUGGUGCCUUCAACGUGACCAACAAUAUUCAACUAAGACUUUAAACAAAU